CGAUACGUAGCAGUUUCGCAGGUGUUGAAAUUGAAGGUGUUCAAAAACACCAAGAAGGUGAUGAUGCCCAGGGACUCGAGGGGACCAUUUGGAUUCACCCGUUUGAAUUGGCCUCCGACCUGAGUCAAACGGGGAUGGGUGAUGGAAUCCAUCGUUUGAAUGCGCUUUAAAUUGCAAGAGAGGGCUUUCGGGCACUACCCUACCUCACAACCAUCCAACAUGGUCGCCCGUGUCUGCAAGCUCCUUAUCAAGGAUCCCGACCAUCCCAACAAAGUCUACCAUCAGUGGGCGACAACGAUUUCGCCUGGAACUAAGCCUGAAACGUUCAGGGGGGAUCUUCUCCCCGAGACGGACUCCACCGUCAAUUACAAGCUCUCCGUGGACCCCGAGGACCCCGAGGACCCCGUGGAAUAUUAUUCGCCGGAGCAGGUUCUGGCGUUUGCUCUCGAGUACCUGGCCAGCGGCUCUGACGGGCCCGCCUGCCCCCUUCCCUGCGCCUCGUGGGAUGCGGAGAAGCAGAGGCUGACCCUCACCAUUGUGCGCGAGUCCAAGCAGGACCCCAUCAAGAAGCCCAAGAAGAGCAACGCGAAAGAGCCCAUCACUCGCGUGCGAACGCCGGACUCCGCGCUGUUCAUGGAGGCCGUCCGUCGCUUCUACCCCUUCGCCAAGCGCGGCCCAGGCGAAGGCCCCCGCCUGCUCAACACCAGACUGGCCGCCAAUGGCGAGUUGAAGAAGUAUUGGCAAGACAAGAUGGCCGCGGCCUACGCCUGGAGCCUGAAGCGGGGCAUCACGUUGUCGCGCGAAGACUUCCAGGCCGACUGGACAAAGUGAGUUUUUGUUCUUCUGUAUUGGCAUGGGAAGGACGCCAGAAUGCGGAGGAAUGUCAGUAGCAUGAGCGAUGAGGAAUAGCGGGAUGAGAGUG